AUGGACGAACUCAAACAUAAAAAUAUCCGGUGGUUUAGUCGGUUUCCAGAACACUUAAACUGUUGGAAACCGACCGGUAAUCUUCCACAUGAAGGCGAGGCACCUGUUCAUCAGAAUGAUGAUAAUGGUGUCGUUAAUAGUGAUGAGAGAGGUCUACUGCCACUCACCUCAGAACAAGAAGCUGAGCUUGAAGAGGCACAUGAAAUCCAGCAGAAGAAAUUAAAAGAAUGGUUUCGGAAUAAUGCAAAAAGUAAAACAACACCCAGCAACAUGUCAACAAGCAAAGCUUUUGCUCAGCUACUGGGUCAGUGUACUCGCGGUGUCCGCAACCUGAAGGAUGUUGAGGUCUACUCGAAAACGUACUACAAAACAAAGGUACAGCCACUAGUCAAGGAUGAGGUCCAGGAAAACAAGCUUGAUGCCAAGAAGAGAAUCGCUGUUGUGCAGAAGCACACAACCAAUUGUUUUGUGGCUGAAUCAGAAGAAGUGAAGGCGGAGAUUCGUGAGGAGACCAUGCAGAUCAAUACCUCCAGGAAAUUAGGAAUAGUGUCAGAUGAACGCACUAAAGAGGAAAUUUACCUCGCUAUUCAGGAGCUGCCUGUUGUCCUGGGACAGAUCUGCGAAGACCUGGCGAAAUUGAUGGGGGGUUGGCAUUAUACCCUCAUUAUGGGGGGUCCUGACCCUAUGUGUAAAGGGGAUAUCAUGACUCUAAGUUUUCACCAUGGCAAAGGUCAGGACGGUCUCAGCUUCAAGACUUCUACCCGAAUUUUCAAGAGCAGUACCUCGUGCCAUUUGAAAACACCUCUUAACUUCGCGUCACUACACGCCCAAAAUGACUACGACUCAGAAGAACUACAUAUACCCAUGCCUGUCCCUGCUGAAUCUUUGUUGGACCCCAAUUUUUCGGUCUCUGAAGCUAAUAUUGAUGUGUUCCUCAAUUCGAUUCGUCCACAGCCGGAUGUCAGACCAAAUGGCCAAUGGUGGCACAGCCAAGGCCAGGACAUGCAAAUGGCUGCACCACCAGUCAUAACCCCCCCUCCUGCACCACCAGUCAUGAACCCUCCUCCGGUUAUGGCUGGAUCGCUUAUCCAGUCAUCCAUGCAGGGCCUGAACAACUUGGUGGUGGGCAACUCAUCCACCCCACCUCGUAUUCGCAGACCAUACUUGAACCCAGUCCCAUCAUCUUUGUCCAAGUCUCCUCAACUCCCUCCUGUUGACACACCUCACAUGGCUAGCAACGAAGGGGAUACUCUGCCAGUCACACCCGUCUCUCAGUUGACUGCAGCGGCAGAUGUCGGCAAUGCUUCUGCUACUGCAAAUGCGACCCUCUCACCUGUACUGGAACAUUCCACUCCAGCCGCUGCCAGCUCAGAUCGUCUUCCACUUGUUUCUAGUGUGCCUGGUGCAGGAAGUGUUCCUGCGUUUUCUGCUCCUGGAAGACGCUCAGCACGCUCGACACGACCAUCAACAAGAGCCAAAGAUGCCAACAAAAUUGGCAAUGACGCCAGAGCCAUCACUUCCAAAUGCAAGCGGAAAGGUGCAACAGUGGGUUCUACAGCAGUCACUGCAAAAAUUAUUGCGACUCUAAUUAAUGUCACCUUGUGUUGGGAAGACUUUGGCCUUGAAGAUAGAAAGUCAAACGACAGAUCACGCUUAGACACUGCGACUUGUUGA